ACACGCCCUUGCUUGAGACUUGCAGUCGUCGACCAUCGCACCCUGACCAGCCCACCCAAAUCGUUCAGGACAGCCACCACUUACGACUUCGCUGCAUCGAUUGAAUCGAGACAGUUGGACAUCAUGACGCUCGAUCUCAACGCGCACCACGCGCUCGACUACAGCCUGGGUUUCAUCCUCCUGGGCACCAUGCUCAACAUUUGGCUCUAUGGCUUCAGUGUCGUGCAGACCUACCUGUACUUCGUCAACUUUCCAAACGACAAGCGCCUCAUGCGAAUCUUCAUCGCGGUGCUCUUCGUCGCCGACACUCUCCACACUGCAUUGUGCAGCCACUUCACAUACUUCUACUUGGUGUCCAACUUUGGAGAUCUCGAGGUUGCUUCCGUCGCGACGCACACUUUCAGCGCCGAUCCUAUCCUCACCUCUGCUAUCGCCAUGAUGGCCCAGGGUUUCUUUGCUUGGCGCAUCUGGAAGCUCACGUCUCAUUGGUGGAUCUCUGCUGUGGUUGGUGUCACCGCCGUCAUCAGCUUCCUCUCCUCCAUCGGCACGACGAUCGGUGUGGAGAUCGUGCGCAAGUUUGCAGAGUUUCAAAAGUUUCAGGUCGCCGUCAUUCUCUGGCUGGCUUGCGCUGCCCUUUGUGACAUUAUCAUCACGUCUGCGCUGAUCGCUACCCUGAACAAGAGCCGCACUGGUUUCCAACAGACCGACGACAUCAUCACUAAGCUCAUCCGUCUCACGCUUCAGACUGGUCUACUCACGGCUGGCGUUGCGACCAUCGAUUUGAUCCUUUUCGUUUGCUCCACGACGACUGCGCACCUGCUCUUCAACUUGCCUCUCGCGAAGCUUUACGUCAAUUCGCUCAUGUCCACCCUCAAUGCUAGAGCUAUGCUCCAAGACCGUCAACGCUACACCAUGAACACCAGCUCCACCGGUGGUGCGACCAAGGAAGCUGCCGCCGUCUCUGGAGUGCGCAACACUCGCCACAGUCGAUUUGUGCCUACGGCCUCCAACAACACGGUCACCGAGAAUGGUCGUGGUACGAGCAGCUUCUUCCGCAAAAACGGCAGCAACGGUGGCGGCAACGGACACUUCUUGCGCCAGGCCCCUCGUGACGACGUCGAAGGAGGAAUCCACAUCAUGACGAUCGAGGAACGCUACGAGGAUCCCGCUGGAGACGCUACCGCUAUCGCUAUGCUUCCUCAGGUCUCUCACGCUAUGGCCGAAGAAGUCGAUGGUCGCCGCUACGGUGCACACCCUUAUGGCUUCGGCGCUCAGCCCAGCAGCAAGUCUGUCGAGACCGCCGACACGUUAGGGCAGGAUGGCACUUCAUCGGAAGAGGGCGUCCCGGCUGGCGCUGACACCGGCGUGCCGCGUCCUCAGGCUCACUAAGGAGCGCCGUUGCAAGGCAGACAGAUGUUUUCGUCAUCAGUCGCCUGAGCCAAGCGCUAUCCUAUGCGUGCAUCCAAUGUGGCCGCGCUCGUGAACGCCAUCGC